GUGUUUCCGGCGAUCAUCUGGACGCUUCCUGCGAGUGAUCGACCCCGACGUCCUCGAAGGCUUGCUGCUGAAGUUGGCACGCUCGGACUUUCUGGGAGGUUUUGGGACAAUUUCAAGGCUUUCGUUAUGGGUUUCGAAAGAAAAAUGCUGAAUUACGGCGACCCAGAAGAGGAGGAGGAAGAUGCCCCUGAAGAAGAGGAGGAGGAGGAAGAAGAAGAGGUAGACCUGGUGGACCCCUUAGAAACAAUCCGUGCCAAGUGUGAGGAGACGGAACAUUGCGUGCACUACAAAGAGCGUCUGGAGCUCUGCGAGACCCGCGUCAACUCCAAAUCCAACACCACAGAGGAGUGCACAGAAGAGCUCUUUGACUUCCUGCAUGCACGGGACCACUGUGUAUCACACAAGCUGUUCCACAAUGUGAAAUAAUCUACCCACCACCUGCAUGAUCAAUGUAUCUGCUUUGACUGUAAAAUAAAGUACUUACAAAAUAUUCUAUAUUAAUACAUAAAUGUAUGAUGGUCCUGGGCUUAUCACAUUACAUAUAUUGUACGAGGCAGUUUGUACAUAGUCAAGCCUUGCUUGUACAGAGACUCUAGAGGUUCACACUUUCAAUGUGGUCUGGUAAUUUUAGAAAAGAGCAUGCAAGAACUUAUUAUUCAGGAUAUUUUUUUCCCUAUGACUAUGAACAAUUUAAUAAAAGGUGUCUUUGGUUACCAGUUCA